AUGCUUAUUCCCAAGGCCGACCGCAAGGCGAUCCACGAGGCCCUCUUCCGUGAGGGAGUCCUCGUGGCCGCGAAGGACUUCAACCUCGAGCAGCACCCCGAGAUCCCCGUCAAGAACCUCUACGUCAUCAAGGCCAUGCAGUCCCUGAACAGCCGUGGCCUGGUCAAGACUCAGUUCUCUUGGCAGUACUACUACUACACCCUCACCCCCGAGGGUCUCGACUACCUCCGCGAGUGGCUCCACCUCCCCGCCGAGAUCGUCCCCGCCACCCACAUCAAGCAGCAGCGAUCGCACGCCCCUCCCCGUGGCAUGCUCGGUGACGAGGAGCGCCGCCGACCCUUCGGUGGCCGUGGCCGUGGUGGCGAUCGUGGUGACCGUGAGGGUGGAUACCGACGACGUGACGCUGGUGAGGGCAAGGAGGGUGGUGCCCCCGGCGAGUUCAACCCUCAAUUCCGUGGUGGUUUCGGCCGUGGCCGCGGUGCCGCUCCCCCAUCUUAA